CAGACAACAACUGAAAUGCGGGAAUAAACGGAUGGCGUUCGGAGAGGAAUACACAUUUUAACGAGAGAUCCGGGAUACUUGUCUUGAUCUUUAUUUAGAAGUCCGUGAGGCGGUUUUCAAUUCAACUUGGUGGAAACUACUCAAGAAUGAUGUGUUAGGACUCGGAUUUCAGCGCAGGUCGGUGUGCAAAAAAAAUUUAAUUUGCUAUGUUUCUUUGCUUUUCUUUACACGAAACAAGAAAAGAAGAUGUGUUGAAACCGCAAAGGCUUUAAAGCGUCUCCGUUUAGAAUUAAGUGGAAUCAAGGCGAAUGGAUCCGUUUCCAAUGUUUAAGGUGAACGAGUGACCCAAUGAGGUGGAAUACUACUAUAGCGGAGUGCUGGAAGAGAAGUCACCUUGCCCCAGUUCUCCGAGAGCACAGGGAGAGAGACAGACAUCUCUGAUUGUUUGUUGCCAGUAGGGAGACCGAAAGGUCCCUGCUUGUGAUUUACCAUGGCCAAAGUGCUCUGCAGCCUCCUUCUGCUGGGAAGCACAGUGAUGAUCACCAACGCCUGCCCUAAAUAUUGUGUCUGUCAGAACCUGUCAGAAUCCUUGGGCACACUGUGCCCAUCCAAAGGUCUGCUGUUCGUUCCCCCUAACAUUGACAGAAGAACUGUGGAGUUACGCCUGGGGGGAAACUACAUUAUCAAAAUUACCCAGCAAGACUUCACCAACAUGACAGGCCUGGUGGACCUCACACUGUCACGAAACACCAUCAGUUUCAUUCAGCCCUUCUCCUUCGUGGAUCUUGAAACGCUGCGAUCGCUGCAUCUGGACAGUAACCGGUUGACAGAGUUGGGCCCAGAUGCCUUGCGAGGCUUAGUGAACUUGCAGCACCUCAUCCUAAACAACAACCAACUGACUCAUAUCUCCAAAGAAGCUUUCGAUGACCUGCUGCUUACCUUGGAGGACCUAGACCUCUCCUACAACAACCUACGAGGCAUACCCUGGGAGGCCAUUCGCAAAAUGCUCAACCUACAUCAGCUGAGUCUGGACCACAAUCUCAUCAGCCACAUCGCUGAAGGCACUUUUACUGAUCUUGAAAAGCUGGCGAGGCUGGAUCUUACAUCAAACCGUCUCCAGAAGCUUCCGCCAGAUCCUAUCUUUGCCCGGUCACAAAGCAGCAGCAUUUUUAGUACACCAUUUGCCCCAGUCUUGUCUCUCAGCUUUGGUGGGAAUCCUCUUCACUGUAACUGUGAGAUUCUUUGGUUGCGCCGUUUAGAACGGGAGGACGAUAUGGAAACAUGUGCCUCCCCUCCUAGUCUGAAAGGUCGCUACUUCUGGUAUGUGCGAGAGGAAGAGUUUGUGUGUGAACCACCAUUAAUUACCCAACAUACCCAUAAGCUUUUGGUCCUGGAGGGACAGACGGCCAGUUUACGCUGCAAGGCCGUGGGUGACCCUAUGCCUCUCAUACACUGGGUUGCUCCAGAUGACAGACUAAUUGGUAACUCAUCCAGGGCUACUGUGUAUGAAAAUGGUACUUUAGACAUUAUGGUCACCACCUCUAAGGAUUAUGGAACAUUUACUUGCAUUGCUGCAAAUGCUGCUGGAGAAUCAACAGCCUCAAUUGAGCUCUCCAUCAUCCAGCUCCCCCAUCUAAGCAAUGGAACUAACCGCACAGCUCAGCCCAAGUCCAGGCUAUCUGACAUCACCAGCUCCACUAAAACGAAUAAAGGGGAGGCAAAAGCCCAACCAGAACAGGUAGUGUCAGUGACAGAGGUCACUGCAGUCUCUGCUCUGAUCAAGUGGACAGUAAGCAAAGUGGCACCUAAAGUCAAAAUGUACCAGCUCCAAUAUAACUGUUCAGAGGAUGAUGUCCUGAUUUAUAGGAUGAUUCCGGCGAUCAGCAAUUCAUUCUUGGUCAACAACCUGAUGCCAGGGAUGCAGUAUGACCUAUGUGUGUUGGCCAUCUGGGAAGACACCGCCACCACACUCACUGCAACAAACAUAGUGGGUUGUGUGGAGUUCGAGACACAUGAUGACUACCCCCGAUGCCAAUCGAUGCACAGUCAGUUUUUAGGAGGAACCAUGAUCUUGGUGAUUGGGGGAGUGAUCGUAGCCACUUUGGUGGUAUUUAUCGUCAUCCUCAUGGUACGUUAUAAAGUGAAUAGUGGGUUGCAGGUUGCAAAGUUGGUGACAGUGAGCAACACCCACUCCCAGACCAACGGAAGGCCACAGGCCGCGCAGAGACUUAACAACGGUGCUCCUACACUGCAGGCUCCAAAGACUGUAGUGGUGAUGCGAGAUGAAGUGGUGGAGUUUAAGUGUGGCUCUUUGCAGAGUAGCAUGUCAUCCUCUUCAUCUUCCUCGGCUGACUACCUUGGAAGUGAGAAAGUUGAAUCUUACAACCGACAUGUGGAUUCUAACACCUUGCCCAACAGGUGGAAGCAGUCAUCAACUAAGGCACGACCAAAUCUGGAUAAUCUACUUGGGGUAUUUGCCUCUAUGGACCUGAGGGUUCCCACAAGAGAUCCGGGAGGACCAUCUUCCUCAGGGGCUAUGGUGAUGGCCAUGAGACCGGCCACUGAUAAGGAGCCUCUGCUAGGCCGGGUAGAUUCCAAGCUCGGGAAGCUUGUAAUGCUGCCAACAGCGAACAAACCCAAGCGCAGCCACUCGUUCGACAUGGGUGACUUUGGUGCUUCACAUUGCCUUAGCUACCCACGAUGCAUCAGCAACAUUUGGACUAAGAGGAGUCUCUCAGUCAAUGGCAUGCUCCUGCAGUGCGAUGAGAGCGAGGGGGAUGGUGAUAAGCCAACAUUUGAUAGCUCUGAGUGGGUCAUGGAGAGUACAGUCUGAUAGAGAUAUCAGAUUAAGUCUGCCAAAAAAGAACAAAAAAGUAUAUGAACUUGCUGUAUCAUGUGAUGUCAAGAAGGACUCAAAUGGCCGUAAUGAAAAGACACCUCAGCAGUGGCCGUGACUUUGCAGUGCAUGAUUUUCCAUGUCAAUAUUGUCCUUCUGUUCAUUUGAUCACAAAGACGUUCAAAGGUUUGUGUAUGAGUUAGGCAAGCAGACGAGGCCAGGGCUAGUCCUGUUUAUUGAGAGCUGGACAAAGGAUAUUUCCAGUUGCCUUCAAACUUUAAAGCAGAUAUGAAUAAAUACCCUAGAACAAGGGAAGUGGGGGUAUCACAGAGAGGCAGGGGGAAUAAAAGAAAAAAAAUAUAUCACUGUGCACUGCAGAAUGCCAAGAGGAUUUUCCUCAGCUAAGUGUAUGUGCAUCACAAUGGACCAAAUGUUUGAGACAGGACUACAAAAUCUACCAGGUACUACAAAAAACGUAGUAGAAGAAAAUGCAAAUGUAAUGAUGUUUUGUAGGUUAUUUUCUUUUGUUGUCAUUUGGACUUUUUAUAGUUAAUUUUA